CUCCAUCUGGAAGCAUUUCUCUUAUAAAAUCAAUGCAUUUAAUUAAAAAUCCCGUGAAGACCUGUGACAAAGUUUAUUCCUUGAUUCAAAGUUUGACUUCUCAAAUCAGACAUCGAAUGGAAGAUCCCAAAUCAUCAGAUAUUCAGCUUUACCAUAGUGAAACAUUGGAGCUUAUGUUACGAAGGUGGUCCAAGUUGGAAAAAGACUUUAAAACAAAGAAUGGAAGAUACGAUAUUAGUAAGAUCCCUGACAUAUAUGACUGUAUAAAAUAUGAUGUCCAGCAUAAUGGUUCCUUGAAAUUAGAAAAUACAAUGGAAUUAUAUAGGCUUUCCAAGGCAUUAGCAGAUAUUGUUAUCCCUCAGGAAUAUGGUAUAACUAAAGCUGAAAAACUGGAGAUUGCCAAAGGCUACUGUACUCCUCUAGUUAGAAAAAUUCGCUCAGACCUUCAGAGGACACAAGAUGAUGAUACUGUAAAUAAACUCCAUCCUGUGUAUUCCAGAGGUGUUCUGUCUCCUGAACGUCAUGUUCGUACCAGAUUAUAUUUUACCAGUGAAAGUCAUGUACACUCUUUGCUGUCUAUUCUUCGCUAUGGUGCCUUAUGUGAUGAAUCAAAGGACGAACAGUGGAAACGAGCUAUGGAUUAUUUAAAUGUUGUCAAUGAACUCAACUACAUGACUCAGAUUGUUAUCAUGCUUUAUGAGGAUCCUAACAAGGAUCUUUCCUCAGAGGAGCGCUUUCAUGUUGAAUUACACUUUAGUCCAGGAGCCAAAGGCUGUGAAGAAGAUAAAAAUUUACCAUCUGGCUAUGGGUAUAGACCAGCUUCCAGAGAGAAUGAAGGCCGGAGAUCUUUUAAAAUUGAUAAUGAUGAUGAACCUCAUACUUCUAAAAGAGAUGAGCCUGAUCGAGCUGUGAUAAUGUUUAAACCAAUGGUAUCAGACCCAAUUCAUAUACACAGGAAGUCCCCACUUCCAAGAUCUAGGAAGGUGGCUGCAAGUGAAGUUGUAUCUGAAAAUGCUAAUUACCUUCGAACACCAAGAACUCUUGUGGAACAGAAGCAGAACCCUACUGUAGGGUCUCACUGUCCGGGCCUGUUUAGCACCUCAGUGCUUGGGGGUUCUUCAAGCGCACCUAACCUACAGGAUUAUGCUCGUACUCAUCGUAAAAAGCUGACUUCUUCUGGCUGCAUAGAUGGCUUUGAACUGUAUUCCAUGGUACCAUCUAUUUGUCCUCUAGAAACGCUUCACAAUGCCCUAUCCUUAAAACAAGUGGAUGACUUUCUUGCUUCCAUUGCUUCUCCAUCCAGUGAACUUCUAGACAAGAUUCCUGAAAUGUCUUUUACAACCUCACGUUCCAGUCCAGUAAUGAGAAGAAAAGUUUCUUUAAAUACCUAUACACCUGCAAAGAUCCUCCCAACACCACCAGCUACCUUAAAGAGUACUAAAGCAAACAGCAAGCCAGCUACCAGUGGACUUUCUAGUGCAGUUGUCACUAAUACUUCAUCUCGCAAAAAGAGUAUAACUAUCAAAACAGAAGUGGAUGAACACAAGAAAAGCACGGGGAAAAAAAAAUGAAGUCUGCUUAGCAGAAAUUGGAACUUCUGAUACUUAGAAAAACUUGUUCAGUAGAAACAGAUAUGUAAUAAACAGGCUGAAAAUUGUCAAAGCAGGUAAUUUAUGUUUCUUAUACCUCUCUGUAUUCAUUUAAAAACAUUUUUCAAAUCUAAAGGAUUUUUUUUUAUUUAGGUAAGGAUCUUUUGUCAUGAUCGGAAAUGUUUAAAAUGAUGUUUAUUAGCAUUCUGUGAGUAGAAGAAUUUGUGAUAAGGGUCUGUCAUUGUUCAUGUAAUGCUUCUAUGUGCCUCUGGUAAAGAAAAAGAGCAUAAAAGCCCAGCUGGCGUGUACCAAAGUACUGUCUGAUGGGGUGACCUCUGUACAUAUAUGUAUUCUCAUGAGAUUGUAUCUUAGUGAUAAAAACCUUUAGCAUAGUGAUAUUUGAUGGAAAGAUUACACAUUGGGGACUUUUUGAGAUGUGUAUUUCCAAAGGGAUCUCCUUGAACAUUUACAUUAGAAAUUUUUUUUAAUUGUUGCAGUUACAUAUAUGCUGCAAUAUGUAAAAACUGGAGUAAAGCACAUGUGUUAUUUUUUCAAUCAGUGCUUUGAAA